GUUUACAUUGCGUACAUGGGAUCAGUUCCUGAUGGAGACUACAGUCCAUCAUCCCAUCAUUAUAGUAUGCUUCAAGCAGUUCUUAAAAAGAGCUCUCUGGAAAAUUACUUAAUCAGAAGUUACAGAAAGAGCUUCAAUGGAUUUGCUGCUAAGCUCACUGAUGAGGAGGCAAAGGAACUUGCAAGCUUUAAUGGAGUGGUUUCGGUUUUUCCGAAUAAAGUUUAUCACGUUCAAACAACAAGGUCAUGGGAUUUCAUGGGGUUCAAUCAAACUGUUAAACGCAAUGUUACUGGUGAGAGCAAUGUCAUUAUUGGUGUCAUUGAUACUGGAAUCUGGCCCGAGUCGGAUAGCUUCAGUGAUGAUGGCUUUGGUCCUCCUCCCAAAAAGUGGAAGGGGUCUUGUAAGGGUGGAUUUAACUUCACUUGUAACAAUAAGCUUAUUGGAGCUCGAGUUUACAUCUCAGAUUCCGCAAGGGAUACGAGGGGUCAUGGGACUCAUACAGCAUCCACGGCAGCCGGGAACAUGGUUGUCAAUGCUAGUUUCUAUGGACUUGCUGAAGGCACUGCAAGAGGAGGGGUUCCAUCAGCAAGGAUAGCUGCAUAUAAAGUAUGCGACGAUGCAGGGUGUUCUGCAGCAGAUAUCUUGGCAGCCUUUGAUGAUGCUAUUGCUGAUGGAGUUGAUCUUUUAACAAUUUCAUUAGGAGCAGGAGCUUCAUCUGAUUUUUACCUUGACCCCAUAGCCAUUGGUGCAUUUCAUGCAGCUGAGAAAGGAAUUCUUGUCAUACAAGCUGCAGGCAAUUCUGGUGAAGCAGAAUUGGCGGAGGGUGUAGCGCCAUGGAUGCUUUCUGUUGCUGCAAGCACAACAGAUCGCCUUUUCAUCGACAAAGUUGUCCUUGGGAAUGGGAAGACACUAACCGGAUUUUCAGUGAACUCUUUCAGUCUUAAUAGAAAAAAGAUUCCCCUGAUUUUUGGCAAGCCGGCAACAACUACUUGCGAUGAGAACGGUGCUCGGUUGUGCUUUACUGGUUGCUUGAAUAGAACUUUGGUAAAGAAUAAGAUCGUCGUAUGCGAACUGAUGGACGGCAUAGAUGAAGCUCAUGAUUCUGGUGCAUUUGGAUCGAUUUUGCAAUUAUCAGAAAAUAUUUCACUUGUUGUCCCAUUGCCUGCUUCAGCUUUAAACACUGACAACUUCGAAUCACUCAAGGCCUACCUGAAUUCCACCGAAAAACCUGUAGCAGAAAUAUGGAAAAGUGAAACAAUUAAAGAUUCUUCAGCUCCUGUAGUUGCUUCAUUCUCUUCAAAGGGGCCUAAUUUCAUUGUACCAGACAUUCUAAAGCCUGAUAUAAGUGCACCAGGAGUGGAUAUCUUGGCUGCAUUUUCACUAGAUGCUCCACCUUCAUCAACUGCAACAGAUGAAAGGCGUGUUAAAUACAGCAUACUAUCAGGAACCUCUAUGGCUUGCCCUCAUGUUGCUGCUGUGGCUGCAUAUGUUAAAACAUUUCACCCUGAUUGGUCUCCCUCAGCCAUCAAAUCUGCUCUCAUCACUACCGCAUCCCCGAUGGAUCCGUCAAAAAAUCCAGACGCGGAAUUCGGUUACGGGUCCGGACACGUCAACCCCGUACAAGCCAUCAAUCCUGGACUUGUAUAUGACAACGUCCAAGGCGACAACAUAAGGUUCUUGUGUAGUAUUGGAUACAGUGAAGAUAAUAUUACAAAGAUAUCAGGAACGAACACCACUUGCCCUAAAAACUCGACUAAAACGCUGCCGAGAAACUUCAAUUAUCCAUCACUUUCUGCUCAAGUUAAACCAGGUGCUUCAUUUACAGUCAAUUUCCGAAGAACAGUCACGAAUGUUGGUGUGGCCACGUCUACUUACAAUGCAACAAUCUUUUCAAACUCCAAACUUGACAUCAAAGUGAUUCCUCAAGUUCUAUCCUUCAAGUCUUUGAAGGAGAAGAAGUCGUACAAUGUGACUGUUAAGGGAAAAGCUCCGGCUGAAUCGUCAUUGGCAUCGGCAGCGUUGACAUGGUCGGAUGGCAUUCACAAGGUAAGAAGUCCAAUUGUUAUUCAUACGUAUAAAAGUGAGCCUUAA